AUGUUUGUUCUCUUCUGGGCGACUCUGCUCUUCUCUGUGAGCGGCACCAGUGCUGACACAGGUGCAUCAGUGAGGCAAAGACAACACUGUCCGGUUUAUGGAUACUGUAUCACUCUUCCUGAAGGAGAAAUAACAGCAGAGGCUGGACUCUGUGUUGUGAUACCGUGCUCCUUCACUACUGAUGAUACCUUCACACCCCAACAUAUAGUUUGGUCCAAAUGUGAACAAAUUAGUAGCAGCUGUAGUACUAUAUUCCACACAGACAAAUACAGAUAUGUUCAACCUGGGUCCAGAGGACGAGUGUCACUGUUGGAGUCGGACCUGAGUCAAAAGACCUGCAGCGUCAUCAUCAAUGACCUCACUGAGUCAGAUUCUGGGUCAUAUCAGCUCAGAGUUAUUGGUAUACAGUUUGGGAGGAUGGACAGAUUGACCUUCCCUCUAAGAGCGACUAUCUCUGUUAAAGAUCUGAGUCAGAAGCCCACAGUGAUGGUUCCUCCGCUGACAGAAGGACAGCAGACCACACUGACCUGCACUGCUCCUGGUCUCUGUGCUGGAUCCGUUCCUACAAUCACCUGGACCUUGAGAGGAAGAGGAGAGGAUGACUCUCACAUUACAGGAAACAUCAUGACAGAGACUCUGACUGCUUUCAAACAGAGACACAGCUCAACUUUGACCUUUAAUGCUUCAGCUGAACACCACGGCACUCAGGUCACCUGUAAGGUCGGCUUCACAGGUGACACAGCUACAGAGGAGACAGUGACUCUGAAUGUGACCUAUGUGAAAGAAGUUAAAGUGACUGGGAAUACAAGUCUGAAGGAAGGUGAGACCCUGAAUCUGACCUGCAGUAUUGAAAGCUUCCCUCCGUCUUCUAUCAUGUGGACUAAACUCUCCAACAAAACUUUGAAAAAUGGAAGAGAAACUAAUCUUCAGAGCCGCACAGUAACUGACCUGCAGAUUGACCCACAAACAGCCACUCUUAUCAUCCCUAAUGUGACAGCAGAACACGCUGGACAGUACAUGUGUACAGCAAAACAUUUGAACAACACCCUGACCAAAGAAGUUGACAUAACAGUUAAAUAUAUGAGGAAACCUGAAAUCACUGGGGAUGUAAUUGUUGAAGAAGGCAACACUCUGAAUCUGACCUGCAAUGCUGAAAUAAGUCCUGUGCAGCACUACAUACCUGCAGUCCUUCCCUGGGUCCUGGGUGUAUCUUUAAGUGUGAAUGUCUUCAGCAUCAUCUACGUGAUUUUCCUUUGGAGCACUAGAAAAAAGGUGAAACCACUUCAAGAGGACAGAACAUACAUGUCACUGCAGAAAAGAGAUCAAUCAGCAGAGUACGAUGUCAUUGGCCACCCUCAGCGCUGA